GCCUCGAAGGUCCUGCCACACUUUCAGAACUACACAAGCUUGAGCACCAAGCCUGUGAUCAACGCAUGGCGGGGUGGCGGGCGGUGGUUUUCCUGGCAGUUCUUGGUGGAUGAAGUUCGUGGAGAGUCCAUGGUCUUCUCCGCUCAUCGUGGUGGAAAUCAAGGUGGAGAGGGAGUGAAAACUGGAGGACAAUGGUGGAUCGAGAACGUGCUGGAGGAGUGCGAUGCUCCCAACGAGUUCUUCUAUGACCAUGAAAGCCGGAUGCUCUACUUCUCCUUCAACGGCACAAACACGGAGCCUGACGGCAGCGAGCAGUGGGUCCUGCCCGUCACGCAAGUACUUCUCAAUAUCACCAGCUCUGACAGCAGUCUACGCGGUGUCGAAGUUCGGGAUUCCAUGCUGACCUACCUGGAACCUCACGGCCUGCCAUCAGGGGGCGACUGGGCCUUGGAGCGCCUGGCCGCCAUCGUCAUCCGCGACGCAUCGAACGUGACGGUGGUGGACAGUUUGCUCACCAAGUUGGAUGGGAACGGUAUCUUCCUCGAUGGUGCCGUGAAAAAUGCGAGCUUGACGGGCAACGAGUUUUCUUAUAUCGGAAGUUCAGCUAUGGCUGCUUGGGGAUACACAGGAGACUGCCUAAAUGCGAACUGCUCUCUGACGCUGCCAAAGGGCACUUUGAUGGGGCCGGACGGGCGCGGCAUGCGAGCGCCACAUGGCACUCUGGUGAAGUCGAACCUUGUGCGUGAGAUCGGGAUCUGGCAGAAGCAAUCCUCUAUGUGGUUUCAAGCUGUGACUGCAGAGACCCAGCUUAUCGGCAACGUGCACUUCAAUGGCCCUCGCGCCGGGAUCAACUUCAACGACGGAUUUGGUGGAGGUGAUGUAAUCGACGGAAAUGUGAUUGGGAACUGCGUGCGUGAGUCUGGCGAUCAUGGGCCAUACAACAGCUGGGAUCGCGUCCCCUACAUUACGACUCUUCGAACCGGUCGGCCGUCCAUCAUACCGAAGCAAAGACACAUCACCAGGAAUCUGUGGCUCGGCACCUACAGCACACAGGAGGGUGUGGACACAGACGAUGGCUCCUCGUACCUUUUGCAAGACUUCAAUGUCUUUGCAUAUGGUAUGAACGGACUGAAAAAUGAUUUUGGAGGCCACGACAAUCACCAAAUCAACAACAUGUACCUUUUCAUUAGCAGAGCCUGGUUUGCUGGAACAGGAUUGUUACCGGAUGGAACGGGCAAUAAUGAUGCCUUCACCAACAAUCGAUGUCUUCUGAAAGUUGGUGGCAGAUAUCAGUCGGACUGCGGCCACAACGCGAAGGGCUUCAUUACCCAUGACAACACCAUCUACACCAAGGAUGGUGCGACGAAGGUGUGCGGUGGCCACGACCUGAACGAGUAUGUGAGGCAUUCAGGAUUGGACCAUGGAUCCUCUGUGACGGUCUGGCCUGGCGUUGAAGAGCUCAAGGCGUCAGUAAACGAACUGCUGAAUGGGAAGGCAGAGACUCCAUCGACUGUCUUUGUCUGA